CAAAUGAAGCCGGAGCGGAACGUUUGCGCCGUUGUGUUUGCUCGGGAAGCAUUUGCUCGGAGAGUCACUGCUUCUCAGGCUGAUGUAAGCAUAGACUGUGUGGAUGUAAGUUUUUGAAUGGAUGAGCUGUCAGCUGUGUGAACACGUGAGAAGAUGACUGACUGCCAAGGAGAAGCUGAAGCUUCAAGUCCAAUGGAGCUCUACAAGAAACUGACACAACAAGGAGAUAAAGUCAGAGACUUGAAAACAGCUAAAGCUGAGAAGGCUGAAAUUGAUGCUGCUGUCCAGUUGCUGCUUAAGUUGAAAAGAGACUACAAACAGAUGACAGGUCAAGAUUACAGUGCAGGAUGUCCGCCCUCUGAAAUCUCUGUGUCCCUUGACAAUGGGACACUAGCAGACGGUGCAGAUGAUGAGGAUACGGUUAACCCAUGGACCGUCUCCACCACCAGCGCCAAGGGAGUGGACUAUGACAAACUCAUAGUGAGGUUUGGCAGCAGUAAAAUCGAGAAGGAGCUGGUGGACAGAAUAGAAAAAGUCUCAGGACAGAAACCUCAUCAUUUCCUUCGAAGAGGAAUCUUCUUCUCCCAUAGGGAUAUGCAUCAGGUGUUGGAUGUGUACGAGAAGCAUAAGUCGUUUUACCUUUACACUGGCAGAGGUCCAUCAUCAGAGUCCAUGCACGUUGGACACCUCAUCCCCUUCAUCUUCACCAAGUGGCUGCAGGACGUGUUUGACGUCCCCCUGGUGAUCCAACUGACCGAUGAUGAGAAGUACAUGUGGAAGGAUCUAACAGUAGAGCAGUGUCACCAGUUCGCUGUGGAAAAUGCCAAAGAUAUCAUCGCUUGUGGCUUCGAUGUCAACAAGACGUUCAUCUUCUCUGAUCUUGACUACAUGGGUUCAUCCCCGGAGUUCUACAGAAAUGUUGUAAAGGUCCAGAAGCACGUGACCUUCAACCAGGUCAAAGGCAUCUUUGGCUUUACAGACAGUGACUGCAUUGGAAAGAUCAGCUUUCCAGCCAUCCAGGCAGCCCCGUCCUUCUGUAACUCUUUUCCUCAGAUCUUUGGGGCCAGAAAGGACAUACCGUGUCUCAUCCCAUGUGCAAUAGACCAGGAUCCUUACUUCAGGAUGACUCGUGAUGUAGCUCCAAGGAUUGGCUAUCCCAAACCAGCCCUGCUACACUCCACAUUCUUCCCUGCCCUGCAGGGGGCGCAGACCAAGAUGAGCGCCAGCGACACUAACUCCUCCAUCUUCCUCACUGACACUCCCAAGCAGAUAAAAAAUAAGAUAAACAAACAUGCAUUCUCUGGAGGAAAAGACACAGUGGAAGAACACCGGAAGUAUGGCGGUAACGCAGAUGUAGAUGUUUCCUUUAUGUAUCUGACCUUCUUCCUGGAGGAUGAUGAACAACUGGAAAAAAUCAGACAGGAUUAUACAAGCGGCGUUCUGCUAACAGGAGAACUGAAGAAAAUUUUGAUUGAAACUCUUCAGCCGAUGAUCGCCAAGCAUCAAGAGAGAAGAAAACAAGUCACAGACGAGCUAAUUAAACAGUUCAUGACCCCCAGGCCUUUGAAUUUUAAAUCCUAACCUGCUUAUAUGCCAGUGUUAAUACAAGAGCAAAAUGGUAAAUUAAGCUUUCUCCUUCUUAUUUGAGUAAUUCAUGGGAUAAUGGACAGUGAUACAAUAUAAAGACUAAAAAAUAAAAGUGACAACAUGCAACUCCGUCAUGCACGUGCCAUGCUAAAUGUCUUGCUGACUGUGAAUUUUACAAGUUGCACACUGUGUACAUGUUUGUUUACACAGUGGAAGUCUUCACAGGUCUAGUUAGUUUGGAACCGACAGCCAAACCAGCAGCUGAGCCGAUUCAGAUUUACUUCAGUCAAUUUGGAUUCAGUGAAAUCUUCUUCUGCUCUCUUGACUCUUGUAGUCGGGGUGAUAGGUUGGCCAGUUUAGGCUGUAUGUGAUUUUUCCAUGAACAUUUGAGCAUAUUUAAAAAAAAAAACAAAAAAAAAAACAGGUUGCUAUUAAAAACAACUUUGAAUAAUAUUAAUAUUUGAAUAAUUACCAGUAACAUGUUCAAACCCACCUUCAACCGUGGUGCAAGUUGGAGUGAAAAUCUUACAUUUAGACCCCAGUGAUUAAUCUUAGAAAAUUGGAUUUUACCUGUGGAAUUAGAGAACCCACCAACAUAUGUGUGCCAAGUUUGGAGUGACAACCAAAACUUUUACCUUUGACCCUAAUGGCUUUGAUCUUUGCUAAAACAAAAUCCUUUAAAAACCAUUUUGGGGUUUUAUUGUCAUCUACAUAUCAAGUUUGGUGGAAAUUGGAAAAAGGACCUGUGAGUCAGGGAACAAACAGACAAACACUCAAUUAUACCAUGAUGUCCUGCAUUUGUAUUUGAAAUAUGUAUUGGAUUAAUUUUUUUAAGGUAAAUAUAAUUUGAAAAGUAUGUUCAUUGUCAUAGUCUACCUAGAUUUUUUAUUUACACAUGGCCUGUUGCUCAGCAGCUAACUGAUAUUUGUCAGUUGUGUACAGAUUAAGCAAAGAAACAUUCUGCAGACCCAUCCUCUCUGUAGUCUUAUUGUACCAAUGAACAAGUGGCCUUGAUGGUAACAAUCAACAUGCAUUCACUGACUUAGUGGGUAUAUACAAAAGACACAAUAUUUGCUAUAUAGUUAUACCU